CAACCUAUCUUCCAUUUAGCAAACAGCUGUGAAUUUUUUUAAGGUUAUGUUUAUCAAAUUCCAACACCCCCACGACCGCAUUUAUUCUAUUUUUAGUAGCAAUAAUCGUGGAUUUCGUUUAGUUGAACUUAUAAGUCGACGCUAUUACGUAUUAUAAUGCAUCUAUACAUUAAUAGUGUUCUAGAUAUUAUUGAGUGUUAGUGAAAAAAAAAAUGGGCAAGAAGAAAGUUCAUACUAUUGCUAAAAGUAAACACAGUGCUUCACAAAAGAAAAUCUCUUCAGUUAAAAGAAACGAGAUUAAUUUUCAAUGCGAGAAAUUAUUUCAUCUUUGCAGUAAUUCUGCUUUUUUGGUACGACUAUGGGACAAUUAUCUAGAGAUAUCGUCAAUCUUGGAAAAGGUUAAGCGUCUGGAGGAGAUGAAGACAGAGACGACCAAGAGAUCUGUGGCAAUUGAGAAAUUUAUCAAAUGGCUGAAAGAUAAUGAAGUUAAUAUGAAUGGCAUAUGUAUAUCUGAAUUUGCCGGUUAUGAUUUAGGAUUAAAGGCGGAAAAAGAAUUUCUAGAGAAUCAAUUAAUUUUAGAGAUACCGAGAAAAUUAAUUUUUAGUACACAAGAAGCGGCACCUGAACUUCAAGCAUUACAAAAUGAUCCAAUGGUUCAACAUAUGCCACAAGUUGCAUUGGCAAUUGCUCUACUCAUAGAAAAAUAUAAAGGAAAUUCCAAAUGGAAACCAUAUAUCGAUGCUCUUCCAACAAGUUAUUGUACAGUUUUGUAUAUGAACACAAACGAUAUGACCGAACUCAAAGGAAGUCCUACAUUGGAGGCAGCUUUAAAGCAGUGUAGAAAUAUAGCAAGACAGUAUUCGUAUUUCAAUAAGCUCUUUCAAAAUACUCAGAAUCCUGUGUCUGAUAUCUUGAGGGAUGUAUUUACGUAUGAAGAAUACUGUUGGGCAGUAUCGACUGUAAUGACUCGAUUGAACACAAUUCCUAAUGAGGAUGAGACACAAAUGAUUCACGCUUUAAUUCCUUUAUGGGAUAUGUGUAAUCAUGAAGAAGGAAAGAUAACUACCGAUUUUAAUAGAAGUACAGAUAGUUGUGAGUGUUAUGCAAUGAGAGAUUUUAAAGCAGGCGAACAAAUUUUCAUAUAUUAUGGACCGAGAACGAAUUCCGAUUUUUUCGUUCAUUCCGGCUUCGUUUAUCCAGACAAUAAACUUGAUGGCUUUAAACUUCGUCUUGGAAUAAGUAAAGCAGAUUCUCUUCAAAAAGAAAGGUUACAACUUUUAGAAAAAUUAGAUUUACCUUCUGUUGGAGAAUUUUUAUUGAAACCAGGUCCUGAACCAAUUUCGGAUACGUUACUCGCUUUUUUGCGUGUAUUUAGUAUGAGAAAAGGUGAACUUGAUCAUUGGCUUGAGUCCGACAAGGUUUUCGAUUUAAAACAUAUAGACUGUGCUUUAGAGACUGUCGUUGAAGAAAAUGUUAGGAAAUUUUUAUUAGCUCGAUUAAAAUUAUUAAUUGCCAAUUAUCCAACUUCUCAAGAGGAGGACGCAGAGAUUUUAAAAACAACUUUACCUCAAUUAAAAAAAUUAGCGAUACAAUUGAGACAAACGGAGAAGAAAAUUCUUCAAAAUGCUCUUGACUAUGUUGAACAAUGGAUCAAAGCAUAAUAACGCUUCGAAUUUUAUUGAAAUUAUUUCUACGUGCCCAAAGAAUUUAAGUAUCGGAAUUGUCAAAUUUGUAUAGACAAUCGCAAAAAAAAAGCUUAUAGCUCUAUAAUCUUCUAUCUCAUUGAAAAGUAUUUAAAAUUCUAAUUGUUUUUGCAAUUUAGAAGAAAAAAAUUUAUUAAAAUGUUUCUUAUGGAAACAUUUUUGAUUCUUUAAAGAAUCUAAAAUGUACAAAAUUAUCUAAGAAUUAGAUAAUUCUUGAUAAUGAAGAAAAUAAAAAUAAUAGAAUAUUAUUAUAAAA